AUGGCCAGUUUUUCACCGUCGCCUGUGCCGCGUCGCUCCAUGCGCCAUCGACCAUUUCAGAACUCCCCACCUCAUCGCCUGCACCACCCAAUAUCGCGCCUUGCAACCCCUUCACGAGCAACACCAUUCGGCAAUGAUUCCAUUGUCUCCGCGAUGGAAGUAGACUCUGUCGUGUCUGACCGGAGUUUGCUCCAGCGGCCCACCGCUGACACGUUAUUUGCUAAAUCUAACGAGCUCACUAUCUCUUUCUAUGCUGCUCUUCCAGCUGAGGUUAAGCAAAUCCUCAAAAACGCAGAUUUCUUUGCGGAGGCGUACACCGGUGCGAUUGACACGGAGACUGGUUUUGCUUUAGUCGCAUCUGUGCAGACUUGUUUCGUUUGGCAACAUGUCCAGGCUCUCAAGGGUAUCCCAACUUGCUAUAUUUUUGCCUGUCCUCAAGACGAGAACUCCAGCACACCACCAUUCCAUGGUCUUGUUCCCUACACAUCUGCUCGGGAACCGGGUUUGAUGCUCGUGUCUGUCUCGGGCGAAAUUCGAUUCUGGGAUAGUAUUGGGAUAGGCCUUGCUGGUGGCCAGAACUAUUCGACCAAUCAGCUCGAAAUGGCCGACGAUGAUGAGGUCACAAAUUUAAUUCGCGCAGAUCCACAAACGUACAUCCUUUCCACCAGCUCGGGGCUUCUCUUUCGUCUGGUACUUACAUCCACCGGAGGGAAGCACCAUCUCACCUUGCACGCUUUUUCGCGACCAGCGACGGGGCUUUCCCUCUCGCGACUUAUCCCAUUCUUUUCACCCGCGUCACUCCACUCAAACCGAAUAAACCCAGAGCUUGGGAAUAUCAACUCAAUCGUCCUCGGGGGCCCGACGCCUACUGGAGGUCGUGAACUGUGGGCACUUGUCGAAACCCGUGUCCAGAGGUGGGAAAUAAGACCCGAGGGUUGGGAGGAACCCUUGUUAGACCAAGAUAUUUCUACCAUAUCCAGGGCUGCCCUGAGACAGUCUCUCGCCAAUGUCGAAGAUGAUGACGCCAGGCUAGAUCUGGAAUUUGUUGAUCUCACUGUCGACCACGAGGGAAAACUCACCGUACUUGUGUCAUUUGCGGGAAUCGAAGAAACGGAGCUUAUGAGUGUGGAGGCACGCAGAAUAUAUGCCCUUCUGCAACUGUCCCAUCUCGGUGAAGUCUUCAAAGUGGAUGCGGUCCGCGAUGUCCCCUACCAGACCACGUCUGGCUCUGGGGCACCAAUGCACCCCCGGGUUCAAGUCUUACUAGAUGGUCAACUAAUAAGCGUUCAGUUUGGAGAUGCGGUGACCCUGUGUUCCAGAGACUCCCAAUAUAGUGAUCGCAUCGAGCUCAAAUCCACCUCAGACCGCACAUUGGGUGUGGGCGUAAUUCACAAUGAGAGCUCGUUGUUGAUCAUGACUGCCGCCACGAUGAUCAAAGCCCAGGUCAACAUGGAGGCAAUUCAGGACUUCAACUCCGAGACGGGUCGUUCGAGUCUCAUCAAGUCAAUCAUGACACAGGCGAUUGUUUAUGGUUCAAUUCCCGAUAACCCUCUCCAGUUCAGUUUUCCGCCUGCCAUAGACGCGGAAAGUUUAAUGCAAGGCGCCGAACAGCUUAGCGCUGAAGUUCUACGUUCAGAUCCACAAGUUGUCCGGAGCAACGCUGACCUUGGGGCGCAACUCACAACACGAAAAGAACGUCUCAGCUGGCUGAUCCAUUUUAUCAAUGACAAUGCAGUCUUGGGCAAGAUGUCACAAAGAAGUCGCCAACGGCUGGCUACAGAUUCAGAAAAGCUCUAUGCUGGGUAUCAGCUCUGGAUGCAACAUAAUGAGGUUAUCGCAUCAGAGAGUGUUUUCAACGAGGUUAUUGAGCUUUAUAUGGAAAGCAUCGGGGAAGGCCACCAUGAAGAUUUGGUUCGCGCAUUUUUCCGUCUGCGUGUGAGCGAUCUUGGGGUUGUUCUCUCUCAAAUAUCGGAUGUUACUGCGAAACUAGCGCAAAACAGUGGACGCGACAUCAGAGAACUAAUCCCGGAGGCCAAUCGUGUCAUCUCAACCGCUCUUCGAUCUGCGACGGAGUAUCGAGAAUACAAUCUUGGUGUCUACGGCAUAGCACCGCCCAUGAUUGAUGCUUGGACCAGUCAGCCUGUGCUCAUCGAUGUUCUUCUCGCAUUGUUCGAGACGAGCACGAGGAUUUUGGACACCACACCACAGGCUGAUUCCGCGCUGCCUCACCAAUCAUACUUGACUGGGCAACUCCCAGAGCUCGCUACCAUGUUGUUCCGUUGUAUUCAAGAGCGUCUUGAUUGGCUCGCGAGGCAACAAGCAGUCGUAUCGCCAGCGAAACUUCUGGGCAUGAUCGUGAUCAGACUGAGCUCAAGCACCGAUUCAGCUCCCUCAGGCCCGAUAUUUUUGAAACUCUUCUCAGGGAAACAUGGCCAUGCAGCGGCCGCAUUAACGUUGGCAGAAAAAUACCGCGACUUUAGCAGUCUUGUGGCCUUGUGUCACCAGGAGGACGUCUAUCCACCACAUAAGAACCCAAAUGCCCUGAAGAUCCAAACCUACAUUGAAAAAUUCGACGAAGAGUUCACUAAUGAGCUUUACAAGUGGUACAUUCAGCAUGGGGAAUUGCGGGUCCUCUUCUCGCAGGACGCCACACAUAAUGUGUAUAUCGACAAAUUUUUUGCCACGGAACAGCAGCAUGCCAUUUCUUGGAUUCACAACCUUGAACAACGUCGGUACGAAGAAGCGGCUGUCGCCCUACUGACCGAGUCCGAUGCCACCGCCCAAUUGAACACUAAACAUCUAAUGUUGAGUAUCGGGAAACUAGCCCAUCUAGCUCACCUGCAAGAACGGAGCCAGUUUGAGGAGGAUGAUUUGCUUGACAGCUUCCACAACGAUUUGGAUUUUGUUAGCGUACAUCAAGCUAUCAUGGAUGAAUUCAGACCGGUUAUCGAGUCUUUACGUGGACGUCAGUCUCUCGACGCACAGAUUGAGGCCAUCGUCAAGAACGAAGCCUCCCGUCUUUCCGAACAAAAGUCGAUGACAUUGAUAUUCAAGGAUUUGGUCCAUCAGCUGUUACAAGGAAAAUCAUUGACAAUGGAGGACAUGGUGGAUUUACUGACACUCAAGGACAACCUGACGACGCUUGGAGAUUAUACGACAGCACUUCAUCUUCUUGCACGGGCUCAGAAUCUUCCGGAGGCUCGGAGAAGCUCAGCUUUCAGAUCGGUUUGGAGACGAAUAUACAUUCAUGACGACUGGGACACCAUUCGCCGCACCUCCAACGUUUCUGACCAUGAGUUGACGGAGCGACUGCGAUCUACGGCUUUGUUUGCCACACUCUGUGUAGUGCUUGCGCUGGACAACCCUCCAGAAGGCUACGAUACUGAUCCGGAUAUGGCGCUGGUGACCCCAACAGAGGCAGAAAUUAUGUCCCGGUGGCCAGGAUUGUCGAGUGAGCAAGUAGAGACGUUGUUGCAAGACUACGCUCUGGAGUGCGACAAGUUGGGCGAGUUUGAUUUAAAGGAUGCGUAUGAGCGAGUGCGAGAGCUCGCUGCUAGAGAGAUCGUGGGGAAUGUACAUUAA